CAAGUGUGAUGGGUUCUUAAGAGAACAGGAAGUUUCGAGGCUACAACACAGACAGUUGUCACAUAGUCAGUCAGUGUGUCAGCCAUUAAUAGGACAUGAUGGAGCUUCAUCCACUUUAUCUGAUGCUCUUGCUGACUGGAAUCAUCCACUGUGCACAAACAGAGGGACCCAAACCUGUGGUGAUUAUAACACCUGGUACACAUGUGUUUAGUGGAGAGAAAGUGACUUUGAAGUGUGAGCUACAGGGAGGAGACACUGAGUGGACAUACAGCUGGUAUAAGACUGAUGACAGAAAUCCCUCAUUCAGCACAACACAGGAGUUCAGCCGUGACUCAGUUACAGACUCUGACAGUGGUGAAUACACCUGCAGUGGGAGGAGACACAGUGACUCUCAGAACUCAGAGAUCAGUGAUCCUGUUACACUCACUGUAUUAAGUAUGUGUGUGUGUUUGUUACUUUGAUAUGUUAUUACAAUAUAUAUAUGUAUAUGUGUCAAAUUUAUCAGAAAUUUCACCUUUCAGAUUUGUUGUAGAUUAUUUUUCAGUGAACUACACUGUCAAUCAUCUAUAACUGUAACUCACACUGAUUAUAAUGACUUUUAAUGUUUACUUUUUUAUUAUCAGGGCACUGAAUUAUUUAAAUUACUAGCGAACUAAUUUGCCAGUCUGAAUGGUAGAACAUGGUUUUGCUCCAAAUGCUAUAUGAAAAACAUACUAUAUUUAAUAAUCAAUCUGCUCCUACUGUCAUUAUUCUGCAUG